UGCAUGCGUAUGAUUAGUUGGAUAUAACAUAAGACUUCUAUAUUUUGAAGCAUUCUUCUCGAAACAGUUUAUCCCAGUUAGUCAUACAUUUUAUCCCAAUUAUAUACUUUCUCAGUUAUAUUUUUAUCAUGGUAUCAGAGCCGAAAUCCUGAAAAAAAAAACAAAAAAAAAACCUCUUCUCACAAGAUCUCUUUCCACAAAAAAAUUCUUCUUCAUUUCUUUUCUUAGCUAUGGCGGGUGAAACCAAGGCCAUCAAUAUUGAAACUAAUGACAUAGUCGUUGAUUCUAUGUCACCUUAUUUUAUUCAAUCUGGAGAUAAGCCCGGAGAUGUCCACGUUACCACGACUCUUCGAGAUGGAAACUAUGGAGAUUGGCUCGAUGAAAUGAGCAAUGCUCUAUAUGCAAAAAAUAAAUUCGGCUUCGUAAAUGGUGACAUACCGAUGCCUAAAUCCGAUUCACCAUACCUCCCAUGUUGGCAACGGGCAAAUGCCAUGGUUAAAGGUUGGCUAUAUAGUAGCAUGGAAAUGGAUCUCAGGCAAAGUGUGAAGUUCAAAACGGGUCGGGAAAUCUGGACCGAUUUACAAGAAAGGUAUGCAAAGGAAAGUGCUCCACGAGCCUAUGAGCUUCGAUGUUCUCUUAGCAACAUUCGGCAAGAUGGACAAUCUAUUUCUGCUUAUUUUAGCAGGCUACGCCGUGUGUGGGAUGAGAUGGUCUCUAUAGACACGGCGCCUGAUUGCAAGUGUGGCAAAUGUUCUUGCAAUAUCUCUAAACAGUUAAUUGAUUCCCGUGAUAGAGAUCGCCUUUAUGAUUUCUUGAUGGGUUUGGACGAUGCUUAUGCACAAUUGAAGUCCCAAAUUUUGGCCACAAGGCCGGUUCCUACCCUCACUGCCGCAUAUCACCUUGUUUUAGAAAGUGAACAACACAGGUCUAUCACAUCCGCGCGCAAACCAGGUGGUGAUGGUACAGCUUUCUACACCCAAAUUAAAUCACUUCCAGGACGCCGGCCGGCUGCAAAAGAAGGUAGGUCUUGCUCCUAUUGUGGAAGGACCAAUCAUACUUACGAUACAUGCUUUGCACGAAUUGGUUAUCCAACCAAUUGGAAUAUUAAAAGCAAAGAAAAUAGGCUGCCAGGAAACUUGACUCAAGCUAGGCUUGGUGACUCACGUAUCUCACGUGAAGGAGGAAGUCGUGAGGUGGCCACUUUUAACCACAAGCACUCCUCUCCUCAAGUAGCACAUGUGGACAGUAAGCAAAACACUCAAUUAGGAAUCUCUGAUGAACAACUCCAAAAACUUGCCAGACUUGUAAGGCAUGAGCUACAGGACGAAACCAAUACAUCCUCCGCUAAUGUCAAAAUAAAUAUGGCAGGAUUUACCCUCGAGGAAGCUGAUUGGGGUGGGCCGACUCCGUGAUGGUUUAUAUUACCUUGAAAUUUCAGGAGAUGAGGGGGGUGGCAAUGUCAGUUUCUCUUCAUCCUAAUUUAUGGCAUCAGCGUUUAGGACAUGCUUCAGACGGAAAAUUAAGUUUCAUCAGUUCUCUCCAAGGUUUCAAGCGGAGCAAUAAUUUCUGUGACUCAUGCAUACGAGCCAAACAGACCCGUCUACCUUUUCCUGUCAGUACCAUUAAGACAACUCGUUCUUUUGAAUUAAUACAUUGUGAUAUUUGGGGUGGUUAUACAUGUAAUUCCAUUUCCGGUGCACGUUACUUUCUGACUAUAGUCGAUGAUUUUACACAGGGUGUUUGGGUUUACUUAAUGAAAAAU